CCUCUCAUUGGUUCCCCCAGUUCAACAGUUUAAAAAUCCUCCGUCUCGACAUCUCCUGGAACAGUCUGUCUCUCUCGCCGUCUCCCCUCAGUCCGACCGUGUGUGAUUCUCUGUCUAUCAUUUAGCGUUCCCUUGUGUGUUUGUUUGUAGAGAUGUCGAAACCAGAACUUCCCCGCGGAUACCUGGGACCUCAGCCAAAGUUUUCUGAGUUUAAACUGAGCACGCUCAGCCACAAUGAUCCCGAAAUCACGACAGACUCCAACGAGAUUGAGGUCAAAUUUAGUAUGGGUCAACCAGUCAAGGUCACCGGAAACCUGAUAGAAGCCAGUACAACUAAAGAUUAUUCCAAUCACCUGUUCACUCAGACCCAGGGAGACGUGGUUAGCUACAUUGUUCAGAUGCCAAGCACCGGCUAUUACAAGUUACAAAUCUACGCCCUUCCGGUCAGCGACGAAAGUAAGACACUGCCAGGGGUGUAUAACUACCUGAUCAACUGUACCCGAGCCCCCAAGGCUGCGCAACCCUUCCCCAAACAAUAUGCCCAGUGGAAAGAAGGCUGUUACCUGUACGAACCGCUUACAAUCGCCAACAGCAAUGGGUCAGUGGCAUUCAAGGCCACCGUGCCUUCAGCGAAGUCGGUCGCAGUCACUGUGAACGACUCGUGGACUCAGCUAAAAAAUUCCGGGGGUAACGUGUGGGAAGGUCCCGUUCAAAUCACCAAAGACGCGCGAGUUACACUAAACGUGAAUUAUGGAGGAGACGACACAAAAUAUUCAACUCUCUUGGAGUACAAUUUGUGAGAUAGUUUCCUAGAACAAUAUAAAUGGACUUUUUUUCAAUUUAUAGACAUAUUUUUUACUACUGUGUAGUCUGUAGACUAUUGUUUUGAGUUUAUUAGAGGGCGUUUAGUAGGUGAUGAUGUACUCACGAAUCGAAGUCGGGGUUUAUUUAAGCAAUCUAUAGAUAGUUUUUAACCCUUAUUGUGCCGACAUUUUAUUGCUUUAUAUGAUUAACAUAUAAACCGUGCAGCUUUAUAAAUGCAAUAAAACAUGAUGAAACUCAA